AUGACUUCCGAUGGCCACCGGCAUUCCACGUCUCUGUCACAGAACCACAAAGCACAACUCGCUAACGCAUAUAAUGAACUGGGCAAGGAACUUUCAUCGCAGAGAAUCAGAGUAGUCGGCAAUUAUACGUUAGGGAAGGUUAUAGGAGAAGGAACGUACGGGAAAGUACGUCUCGGUGUACACCGCCUAACCGGCACUCGUGUCGCAAUCAAGCAGAUCCCGAAGGCUAUGUCUGCCUCAUUAACGAGGGAGAUACACCAUCAUCGACAGCUGCAUCAUCCACAUGUAACACAGCUUUACGAAGUUAUCGCCACGGAGUCCAAUAUCUGGCUCGUUACGGAGCUCUGUUCCGGCGGUGAGCUCUUCGACUACCUCGCGGAGAAGGGCCGCCUUGAUGAGGCCGAGACGCGCGUGUUAUUUGGACAACUGUGUCUUGCGGUUGCCUACGUCCAUGAAAAGGGCAUCGUGCACCGUGAUUUGAAGCUGGAGAACGUGCUUCUGGACGAGCGCUGUCGCGUGAAACUGGGCGACUUUGGGUUCACGCGCGAGUUCGAGCGGGGCACGCUCCUGGAGACGUUCUGCGGUACCACAGGGUACGCUUCUCCCGAGAUGCUGUUGGCCAAGAAGUAUCUCGGUCCAGAGGUGGACAUUUGGUCACUGGGGAUCAUUCUCUACACUCUUCUGACGGGCACGCUGCCGUUUGAUGACGACGACGACAGCGUGAUGAAGGAGAAAGUCGUGAAGGGGGUGUUCGAAGACCCAGAAUGGCUUUCUGAUGAGGCACGUGAUUUGAUUAAGAGUAUACUGCAGGUAGACCCGUCUGUCAGACCACAAAUCUCGCAGAUCUUGGCACACCCUUGGUUCACGCCUCGUUCCCUUGUGCCCAUACACGCAGUCGCGUCUCAAACCAGUUCGCCUAUUGGCUCGCGCCCACCUUCCCCGCCCACUCUUCGUCCUGCGUCGCCCGCAGGAAAGUCGCAACCACCCUCAGCAUCAUCAGGAAAUUCGCAUUCUACAUAUCACUCCGCUUCCUCCGAAUUCCCCACUUCCGGACCAGUCACGCCUGACGACCGCGCUACAAAUAAGUCUUUUAGCACGCAGAGCCACCCAGAUGCCGAAAUAAGCGAGGGCAUCCUCAAAGCCGAGCUGUCUUUCCUCGACCAGGUCAGAGCCGCGCAACCGAACGUUCUGCUUGAGGAUGAUCUUGAGACGCUUCCCGAACUGGAGGAAGCGUCUCCCCGCGAAGUGCCGUCAAGUCCCGACCAGAUACCUCCUCGACUGUCGCUCUCGCGUCCCAUUUCCGGUUCAAAUGCGUCCUCCAAGGUCCCUCCCGCCUAUCCUCCCCGGACACCGGCCCGCACUAAGCGACGAUCCGUCUCCUCCACUCUCUCUGACCCCUCAACGCCAACAUUCGACAAGUCAAUCCUGCCUGCGCCUCAACAAGACUUCUCCUCUUUGUUGAUUACGCCUGCUCCAAUCAUCUUCUCCACGCCGCUCGAGCGAGAUCUCCUGAAUUCAUUGAGCAACCUCGGCUUGGACACUGGCCAGAUUGUGCAUUCAGUACUCACGGAUGCAUGUGAUGCUACAGGUGCUUUGUGGUGGCUGUUAAAACGCAAGGCAGAGAGGAAGGCUCUUGAGGAAGGAACUUCCAAGUCAACACCAGACACAGUGGAAGUGCAAGAAGACUUGAAGCGGUAUGACGCAUUGAAAAUGGAAAAUAGUAAAUCACCAAUCGAGGACAAAGGGACUGUAUCAUCACGCGCAAACACACCUGGCGAAUCCAUCCCAUCCAUUUCCGCUACAUUAGUCUCAGCGUAUUCAGCACCAGAAUUGCAGUUCAUUCCCCCGACCCCUACGGUCGCGUCCACCGUAACCCCGUCCACCCCCCCACGCACGAAGUCUCCCAACAACCCACUUCUAUCACCAUCCCAUUCCAUAGCAGAAACAGCUACUCGCUCGCACCCUUCGACACCUGGAGGCAGCACAAAUAGCUCCAACUCCGGCUCGAAAGGACGCAAGAAUCGGUCGGGAAGCGUUAGUAUCAUGCAGCGGGCAACCACUGCCCUCGAAGCAGCAGGGUUGGUACGGAAGAAGUCCACUGAGGUUGUGCGCGAGAAGGAGCGAAACUCCGAGAAGCGAGUAACGAGCGGCGAGGAAUCCCGCCCCUCGCAUGGGAGUGGCUCCAGCAGGACUGCGAAGACGCCACCAUUGCGUGCCAUGAAGGACGCAGGGGUUCCUGCCACCCCCCCUUCUAGUAUGGACGCGCAACUUCCGGCCAUGGGGUCCCCGUGGAUCAUGGCGGGAGCCAAGGGCUCCCCACCGCCUACCGGAUCUCCCGCCGACACGCUUUCUGCCCUCCCGAAUAUAUCUGGGAGUAAAAUCGGUAACCGGAACCGAGCCAGUUUGCUUUCCACCUUCCGCAUGUGGUUCAAGGAGGAUCCGAAGGGGAAGCGGAAGGAGGAGAUCGUGAUCCCGACAGCAAGCCAGUCAUUCCCGCAGACAUUAAAUAGCCCGACCACAAGUCCUGCGCAGGGGCGGACCCGCGGUGCCCCGAAGCGGCGCGGUAGCGGCUCUCGAAGCAGGUUCGCUACUGGACGGAAGGCACAGCGCGCAAAGCGAGCGUCGGUGUCAUCGCGUCGGUCCAGCAGCGUCAACUCGCGACGUUCGUCUGUGCACUCUGCCCAGUUUGCAAUGCUGGAGUCUCCGCCGUUCUCGGCCGACCAGGUUGCGAGCAUGUCCCGCCAAAGGAACGAUCCGGCCCGCCGGUCUUUUGGCAGCCAUACGCCAAAUUCGGAGCGAGAGGAGUUUGUCUCGAGGCCGUCUUCGGUUCGCAGUUUCACGAACCAGCAACGGCAUAGGAAAUCUCCCUCUGUGAGCUCCACGGGCUCAAUGUACCCUGCGCGUACUGCGUCGCCGCUCCCGAAGUAUCACAGAAGAGGUGGAUCGGGCUCUUCGACGCGCGUUAUCCGACAGAUGCAAGCAGCACCACAAUCUCAUCUCCGGUCGAACUCUGCGUCUUCCGUCCAUUCUUUGGCUUCGUCGCGUCAAGGCUCGUCAUAUGAGCUCUCGGAGAGCGAUGGCCGUAGGAAUAGCUCGCCAGUGAAGCCCACUCCAAGGCGUUCGUUGGAGGAGACCCCCCGGCGGGCACAUUUACCGACCACGUUUGUCGCGCACAAGCGACAAACACCAUUUAGCAACCCGAGCGGGAGCGGAUAUCUGAACUCCUUCGGGAGAUCAAGCUGGAAGAAAUCAUGGGGUCUCGAGCCUCCCGGUUGGCAGACGCGGUCGGCACACCCUGCUAUCGAGGUCCUUGCGAUUUCUCCUGCCCCAGAUGCCCCACUCGGAAUACGUGAUGUCUUUUCUGGGCGUCAGUCGCUCAGUAUGGGUGACGAGUCAGACUGGGUGGACGAAGAUGACGACGGGCCUGGAUAUGCCGGGUAUGCCGGAGGGCUGGGUCAGAUGCCCGCUAUCGCGUCGAGUUCGACGUCACCGUAUCCGCAAAUAGUGGAUACGCCAUUAUUGUCGCCACCACCAAGAGGGGGAUUCAGUCGUGCUACCGGAAAACGAACAAUGACGAAUACUAGCUCUGGUUCAGGAAGUGCUGCAGGGAGGGGGACUCGAGGGAAGGCUGGCCGUUCGCCUGUCGGGAGAAGCUCGCCCCUACCUACGGAGCCUUCGUUUGAGCCAGCGGACACUCGGGCUGGAAGGCGGCAGCUCCCUGCAGGACGAUCUGGGCCUGCAUUCCGGCAUCCGAUACAAGAGGAGGAUGAAGAUCCUCAGCCUAAAGCCAUGUCUGAACCAUACGAUCCAUAUCUCCCCCGCGGCGGCUCCUCGUCGAACCCUCCCGGACCUCCGCAGGGCAACCCAAAAACCGCAGCCAUCCAACAACAAAUCGAUGACACUGUUGGGAUUAUGAGGGAGAACAUCACGAAAGUGGCGGAGCGAGGAGAGAGGCUUGACACGCUGCAAAAUAAGACGGACACCCUCGCUGUAUCUGCGCAAGGAUUCCGCAGAGGUGCGAAUCGUGUACGCAAGAAUAUGUGGUGGAAGGACAUGAAGAUGCGCAUCAUUAUAGGAGUGGCUAUCGCUAUUAUCAUCAUCAUCAUUGUCGUGUCCGUCGUAAAGGCGACGCACCACUGA